AUGCAGCAACAGCUCCGCAUUUGGUUGCGCGUCUGCGUAUUCUUCGGAAUCUAUAUAAGUGCAACCAAGAACACUUCCAGCAAUAAUUCAACCCAUCUCAUAGUAGUGGGCUCAGCAAUUUGCUGGACAACAAAGCAGCAAUCAAAUCGCACUUACUAUUUUCAACGCUGCUACAACUACUUUCUAUGGUGUGGCUCAUGUGUUACGUUCGUGGCCAGCAUCUAUUGGUAUAGCUAUCCACCAGAUAUCAGAUUCAAUUGGGUAGCGUCCACCAUACUCUUCACGUCACGAUUUCUCACGAAUUUACUUAUUUUGAUGGAAACAUUUUGGGGAAAACAACAACAUGAUACCUUUCUUAUAUUGCUGCAAGAGAUCGAAGACUCAUUGAGGCUACGCCUCAGAUGGGAUACGCAAAGGCCAUUGCUGUUAAGACACUUACAGCGCUUUCUAAUAUACCAAAUAGCGCUAUCAUUGAUUGGUACAGUUCCCAGCAUGGCGGCUUCUUUUAUAUUUGUGAAUUAUGGCGGAUAUCUGUGGCGUGGCAUGUGGUUCAUAUGCGCCAUACGGGUACGCACACUGCAGCUUCUGGUAUAUCUGUAUGUAUUGCAUCACUAUUUGGAAGGCUUGUGUAAGAAGUUGCACCAGAUUGUGGCCAUUCGCGUGGCACCAAGUCGGCAGCUGUUGGACGUAGACUAUGGCAAACUGGGCACCUUGGAGUAUUUCAUAGCCGCCAGAGAGAUUUAUACGCUAAUCUACAAGGCAUUUCGUUUGUUGAAUGACUUUGCUGGCUGGUCGCUAUUCGGUAUUGUCAUCUCUUAUAUGUUGGAUAUAAGCUCAAAUUUCUAUUGGCUGUUGCUAAGUUUCGACGGUGCGGAAAAUCGAAGCUUUUACUACUGGGCCGAUUUGUGGUGGUUCCUACCGGUCAUCUCGUGUGUGGGGUAUUUGUGUUACUGGUGCAAUUGUUGCAAGCAAUUGGAUCGCACAGUGGCACAUUUGUUAAGUAAAAUAAUAACCAGGAGCUCCUCAAGCUCAGCGGCACAUUAUCGCCUAGUAUUGCACGAUUUUUCCAUGCAAUUGCAGCUCCAGCAUAUUGAAGUGACGUCAAAAAAUAUGUUUGUUAUAGAUGUGCGUUUUAUUAUAUCGAUUUGCACUGCCACGGCUAUGCAUCUGGUGAUACUUAAACAGUUUUAG